AGGCGCGACGAUAGUAGGUCACCGCCGAGCUAUAAGCACCAUACACUUGUAAUUACCCGUCUUAACGUGCUCAUAAUAUAACUGUUGUUGUCCCACGAUUAGUAUUCAAGUGCUAACUUGAUCGAAGAUAUUGUGGACGAAAAAGUGGUAGCGGCGGACGGUGAAAUGAACAUUUUCGUGUAAAAAAUGCUCAAGUAUCACCGACGUUCCCACAGGCACAAGUCUCCGGUGCAGUGUUUAAGAUGGAGAUCAUCGGGAGAUUCGGACGCAGCGAGCACGUCCGCCGUUGAGACGACGUUGGAACGUCUGCGAGGAACACGCAGCGCGCUUGAGGAACUCUGGUCCGACAGGGAGCGGCGUAUCGAGCUCACACUUCAGCUGCGACAUUUCGAAAGGGAUGCGCUUGAGGUGUCGUCAAGGCUUGAGUUGUGGGGCGAUGAGUUGCAACGUACGGAGCCUCCUCGUGACCCUCAGCAGGCAGAGCAAGCCUUAGCGGCGCACAACGAGAGCGUGGGUAGAAUGCAACAUGCUACAUAUCAGGUAGUGCAGCAAGGGCAGGAGCUCGCGGCCGCCAUAGCGGAGGCGUCAGACGUGAUGGCGUCCAGCUCGGACAGCUCGGAGGGUGCGCCGCUCGACGCUCAGGCUCGCGUGCAGCUGCUGCUUGAGUUCCUGCACGACAGGCAGCUUGAUCUGGAAGAGCUGGCUGAAGAGCGCCGCGCUAGGUUCGAGCAGUGCGUGCAGCUGGGUCAAUUUCAAAAAGACGCAGCGCAAGUUGUCAGUUGGAUCCGCAACGGCGAAGCGAUGCUGGCCGCGUCUUUCUCCAUCCCGGGCACACUAUCCGACGCUGAACAGCUGAAACGAGAGCAUGACCAGUUUCAAGUGGCCGUCGAGAAGACACACGCGAGUGCCGUGCAAGUCAAGUACAGGGCCGAUGCUUUGCGGGCGGCUAACCACUACGAUCCGCAUACUAUAAGGGAGAUAUCUGAGGAGGUGACAGAACGGUGGCAGCGGCUGGUGACGUGCGCCGAAGAGCGGCACAAGUUGGUGACGGCGUCGCUGAAUUUCUACAAGACGGCUGAGCAGGUGUGCUCGGUGUUGGACUCUUUGGAGCGCGAGUACCGGCGGGACGAAGACUGGUGCGGCUCGGGGCUCUCCAUAUCCACCCCUAACGACGACACGCAGACCACGGUUACUCUCAAUCUGGAUAAGGCCGCGCAGGUGGCCGCACUGAUAGUUAAGCACGGCGAGCAGAAGGAGGCGUUUCUGAAAGCGUGCACGCUCGCGCGGCGCACUGCGGAGACGUUUUUGAAGUACGCGGCGCGCUCGGCGCAGGUGCACGGACAGACCGCGGCGGCGAGCAAGGCGCACCACGAACAGACGCGGGCCAUUCUGGACACGCUUCUAGCGCAGGAGAACAAGGUAUUGGAACACUGGACAGUCCGCAAGAAGCGGUUGGAACAAUGUCAGCAGUUCGCGCUAUUCGAGCGCUCCGCUCGGGCUGCCGUGGAAUGGAUUCGGGAGACGCAGGAGCGAUGUGGUGCAGCAGCGGCUGCGGCGGCCGCGGGCGUCGCCAGGGAGAGCAGAGAGAGGGUUCGGCUUUUGGCUCAACUUGCGGAUGGACUGGUUGAGAAGGGACACCCUCAUGCUGUGCAGAUCAAAGAGUGGGUUGCGGCUGUUGACGCUAGAUAUGCGGAGUUUAGCGGUACUAUGGAGGCAAGUGAAGUGGAAGGUGAAAGUGACUCAGGCGUUGCGCCGUCCAUUGCGUCGACUCACUCCGAGAACGAAGUGCGGGUGGAGACACAACCGCCCGCUGUCGGUGACGAGAAGAGACGCAGCGCGAGGCGGAAAGAAUUCAUAAUGGCUGAGCUCCUGCAAACGGAGCGCGCUUAUGUCAAAGAUCUAGAGACUUGCAUCACGGGGUACUUGAGGGAAAUGCGAACGGACCCGGCUGCCGUACCGCAAGCUUUGCAGGGAAAAGAGGAGCUGAUAUUUGGCAACAUAGAAGAGAUUCAUAGAUUCCACGAACGCAUCUUCCUGCGGGAGCUGGACAAGUACGAGGCGUGGCCGGAGGACGUCGGGCAUUGCUUCGUGACUUGGGCGAGACAGUUCGACAUGUACGUGUCCUACUGCCGCAACAAGCCCGAUAGCAAUGCGGCCGUUGUUACGCACGCGGGCGACUACUUUGAGAGGGUACAGCGAAAGAAGAAGCUAGAACACCCACUCGCUGCGUAUCUAAUCAAGCCAGUCCAGAGGAUCACCAAAUAUCAACUACUAUUAAAAGACCUACAGGCAUGCUGUGCCGAGGGACAAGGAGAAAUUAAGGACGGAUUGGAAGUUAUGUUGUCGGUGCCAAAGAAGGCGAACGACGCGAUGCACCUCUCCAAUCUUGAGGGCUGUGACGUUCCCACCGAUAGUCUCGGCGAAGUCGUCCUCCAAGACUCUUUCCAAGUGUGGGAUCUUCGACAGAUCAUCAAAAAAUGCCGCGAGCGAAGAGUUUUCCUCUUCGACCUUCAUCUACUUCUGGCCAAAGAGGUCAAGGAUACACACGGCAAAGCUAAAUACAUAUACAAAACGAAGUUCAUGACCUCGGAGCUGGGAGUAACGGAACAUAUAGAGGGAGACGAAUGCAAGUUCUCCGUGUGGACUGGCCAGGAGCCCAUGGCGAGCGACUGUCGCAUCAUGCUGAGGGCACCCUCACUCGAAGUCAAGCAGACGUGGGUGCGGCGGCUUCGGGAAGUUAUUCAGGAAACUUACUUCCGUGCACCAGCUCUUCAGCAAUCGCCGCGCAGCCCUGCCCGGGUUCGACCCACUAGCUCGCAGCGAUUCAGCCGCGAACUGGAUGACACCGACACAGAUAAUCUGGACCGCAACUCGCUCGCUUCCUUCGGCAGCGGCAACACUACGGACUCCGACAAAGGUGGAGUUGAGUUGAGUUGGGUGGUGUCGGAGCACCAGUCCGGUGGCGCUGGGGAGCUGUCCGUCAGCAAAGGUCUGCAGGUGGAGGUGAUAGAGGCGUGGCAGGCCCGCCCGGACUGGUGGCUGGUGCGGGUUCCCGGAGAGCCGCCGCAAGAGGGCGCCGUGCCCGCCCACGUGCUCAAGCCACAGCCGCAGCACAAGACAUCGCCCUCUCGACAACCGCCUGCUCUAGCGGACGACGCACUAGAGGCGUCGUCGUCGGAUCCUGGUGCGACCGUCACUGUGUCCAGUCCUGGACCCGGGAAACACCGCAAGGGGAUCAUUCCAAGGCGAUGGAUACCACGUCCAAGCAAGUCGCAAGGAAAGGCUGAGAAGACUCCGGCAGUGGCGAAAUCACUCGCUGACAAACCCACCCUGAAGAAGGUACCGUCUGAAAAGAAACUUAAGUUGCCUCUGUCCGAUAACGGACGAAGCGAGGAACCAGGCGAGGCCAGUGGCGGUGCGGCGGCGGCGCUGGAUGAAGUUGAAGACGACUUGGCUGACGUGGAGCUGCCACCACCGAUGAAGCCCCUACAGAACCCUCAGGCUGUACUUCAGCAGGCGCCAACUCCUGCCGCGGCCUCUUCCACGCCGACUACUCGCAACUCGUUGGCUUUGGAUGCGAUGGAAUCGAACGGAGGUCCCGCGGAUAUCGCCGAAAUUGAACAAAUUGUCAAGGAGAAAAUGGAGCAGCAUGGUGGAGGUGCCAGUACAUCCGGUAAGACGGAGGGCGCGGACGAGGAGAGCUCGGCAACGCCGGGCGCGGAGACCUACGAGGCGUCUCUGAAGAAGAGAGAGUACGUGCUGCGGGAGCUGCUGGAGACAGAAGAGGUGUACGUGGCGGACUUGCGGCUCGUCUGCGAAGGCUACAUGAAGCACUUGAUGGACCCGAAUGCAGAGCCGCCGCUACCAGAGAGCUUACGUGAUAGACGUCUGAGAAUGAUAUUCGGAAACAUUGAGGCAAUCUACGAAUGGCACCGCGAUAAAUUUGUUCGCGAGCUGGAGGCUUGCAUCGAGUCUCCCGAGUGCCUCGGGCCGCUAUUCCGUCGCUUUCUGGAGAAGAAAAUGUUCUUGUACGAGGCGUAUUGCCGGAACAAGCCCCUCUCUGAGUACAUCGUCUCCGAGCACGACCACUACUUCCAAGAACUCAGGAACAAACUUGGACAUAAGCUGCAGCUUGGUGAUCUUUUGAUCAAGCCAAUACAGCGCAUACAAAAAUAUCACCUCCUCGUGAAGAAAAUCUUGAGCUACUCUGAGGCAGCGAAUGCGCCACCCAAUGUCAUCGACUCGCUGCGCGACGCCGUUCAAUGCACCUCCAUCAUACCAAAGAACGCUAACGAUAUGAUGGACGUCGGUCGUCUACAGGGAUUUAAGGGCAACAUAGCGGCCCAGGGCAAGUUGCUGUUCCAGGAGCCCUUGCAUGUGUCUGAGAGCAUCACCGACAAAGGCAAGGAGCUGCACGUGUUCCUGUUCCAGCAGUGCGUGAUCUUCACCGAGGCAGUCGGCAAACGCACUCAGUUCACCAGCCCCACCUAUCACUACAAGACACAUGUGCAGGUGAACAAAAUGAGACUGGAGGAAGUGGAGGGCACCAACAUGUUCAUAAUCCACUCGUUGGUGGAAUACAAACACCAGCAGCCUUCGUACGUGUGCCGCGCCCCGGAAGCAAGGCGCCAGCACUGGAUCAGUACGCUGUCCACAAUUCUGCAGUCUCAACUCAGCUUCGGUGAUCGCCUGGAGAACCCCAGCGCGUUUCUGAACAGGGAGACAGGACGUGAUACCGCCGCAGAUGGUUGGCAUGGUCUGCGGAAAACUGAAAGUGUACCUCCAUCUGUGGGCGAGCGCAUGGCGCCAGAAAUACGUGCGCGUACGCAGAGGGCGCACGCUAAAGCGAACACUAUCAAUUUACCGACGAGCGCACGAGACGACCACAAAAAAGCCAACACCGCUGUGAGUCCAACGUCACCGCCGCAUACUAACGGCUUGUCCAAACGCGCAUGGGGCUUGAAGCUCAGACGCGGCGGUAGUGGCGGCGGGAACGGCGAGCCGAGCGAGGGUGUCGUGACGGAGCUGCGAGCCCCGGAGCUGCUGGAGCCCGCCGGCGACGUGUCGGUCGGGCCCGGCGGCAGCGCCGUGCUGUCGUGCCGCGCCAACGCGACCCGCGCCACCGCCUCGUGGCGCAAGACUGCUCCGGAGACGCGCGUCCUGCGCCACGGAGGACGCUUCGCCAUCAGUCUGGCCGCCGACGGCUUGGCCACCUUGACGAUCCACGCGUGCCGGCCCACGGAUGCGGGCGUGUACUGCUGCCUCGUCAGCAACGAGCUGGGCGGCGUGCAGAGCUCGGCCCGGCUGACGGUGGGGGCGGGGGGCGUGCCCGGCGCCGCGGCCGUGCGCGCGCACCCCGGCGGCGGCCUGCUGGUGCAGUGGGACGAGCAGGAGGCCGCGCAUCUGGAGUACUGCCGCGUGGGCGAGGGCGAGUGGCGCCGGGCCACGGAGACCCCGGCCGCCGCCAGCACGCUCGCGCUGGAGGAGCUCCCCGCCGGCCAGUACAGCUUCCGGCUAGUGUGCGCCCGGAGCGGCGCGGCGGGCGCGGCCUCCGCCCCGGCCACGUGCGGUGGCGGCGGCGCCUGGCAGAGAGAGCAGUUCUCGCGGCGGUACAGCGUCGAGGAAGAGAUAGGACGAGGAAGAACGGCUAGAGUGUUGGCUGCCCGAGACACGGGCACCGGCCAGCGGGUCGCGCUCAAACAGGUGCUGGGUGGUCGAGGCGCGGACGCAAUGCGUGAGUACCGCAUCCUGUCACGCGGCGCUCAUAACGCGGUGGUGCGUGCGCUGGCGUUGUUCGGCGAAGUGCCGCGAGCGGGCGCUCACACGCUGGUGCUCGAACUGAUCGGGGGCGGGCCUCUGCUGGAGUGGGUGGCGAGCGCGCCACAUGCGCACACGCAACGCGCCGUUGCAACGCACAUGCGGCAGCUGCUCUCUGCGCUCGAUUGGCUGCACUCCAACAACGUGGCACAUCUCGAUGUCAGACCCGAGAACAUCCUCGUGGAAGUGAGCGGGUCGCAACCGCAGCUGAAGCUCGUGGACCUGGGGUCGGCGGUGGAGAUGACGGCAACGACGGAGGAGCGCAGCGGGUCGACGGUGCUGCCGCCCGCACCUGCGCAGCUGGAGUUCGCGCCGCCCGAGUGCGUGCUGGGCCGUCCGCCGUCCGCAGCCUGGGACGCCUGGGCCGCCGGCGUCUUCCUCUACGUCUUCCUCACUGGGCUAUCACCGUUCCUCGACGAGUCGAUAGAAGAGACGACGGCGAACAUAAUAAAGUGCGACUACUGCUUCCCGCCGGAGCACUGGUCGGAGAUCGACGAGCGAGCCCAGAACAUAAUCAAAGCAUUCCUCGACUCGACACCUUCCCGGCGACUCACUCCCAAACAGGCCCUCGCCGAUCAGUGGUUUGAAGAGGCGCCCAACACUGAAUUAUCAGCGAACCAGCUAAAGACGUUCUUGGACCGGCGUCGGCCGUCCGGCCACGGCAAUGCCCUUCACUCGCUGAGAUCUCCCAACGACACCUGACGUGCGGCGGCCGCGCCCUCCCAGACGACCUUCGUCUCUGAUUGACUCCGACGCACGUACGCGCUUGGGCACCACUGCGUCGCGCUCGCACAUUUAGUUCUGCGGCUUCAUACACUUCAAUUAUGGCAUAGUACGGGCUGAGCCUAGCGAAUUGUAUAUUUUCACACCCUAAAAUAUGACAAUUGUAUAGCUUUCAUUACAUUUUAAAAUGUGAAUUUGAACGCAUUGAAAUAUAUAUUAUAAUUUCAUAAUAUUGACCGAUGAAUUCAAAUUUUCUUUUGGAAAUGUUUUUGCAAAGAGAUCGAUUAUAUUUUAUAAUACAUCUCAUAUAAUACAUGUAAUACUUUCGUUGUAUCAUCACACUUAUUCACAAACUUGACAUUAUAAAUGUUUCCAAGUUUUCAAAUAAUAAUAGUAUGUUAGAUUGAUUGUGUAAAGUAAAUAAUAGGUACAUGUUUUGAUUUAUAACAUUUAAUUUCUACAAAUGAAUCCGCAUUGGAGUUUGAUAUACACUGAAGCCUAGCUUCUCCGGAUAUAAUCGCACACUGCCCAUUCAAGUUUGUUGGACGUAUUAUUUUCUAAUUUCUUAUAUCAACAAAGCAUUACCUUUCAUCACUGUUUAGUUUUAUUUCGUUUCAUUAAUGUUGUAUUUAAUUUACUUUGCAUAUCUUUAAUAUAUAUCGGUCAUAAUAUAAUAUAUCAACAAUAAAAUAUUUUACAUCAUAUUGUAACACAAUAAACUAGUAGUUGUGAUUUUAGUUAGCAUGUGGUUUAAUGUGUGACGGUCGUGUCCGUACGCACGUAAUAAGCUAAGAUAUUAAACGAUAGUUUCGUUUGUAAGCUGUAUAUGAUUAUAGUCAUUGUGCCCACCUUUAGGAUUUGGAAUCAACCAAAAUAUUACAAACUCUCCGUUUGGUAUGAAUAGCACGACGCUGUUGUUGUGACGACUAUGAACUUUUGACUGAAACUACUAAGAAUAAUUAUAGUUUUGAUGGCCAACACACUUCUUAGUUAUUGCUUUUUAAUAUAAUUUUAAAAUGCUCUACACAAUUAAUUUAGUGGCCGGUUUUAUAAAGAAAGUGACUGUGAUUUUUGCUUAUUAUAAUAUUUCAUGCUUAUUCCUAAUUUAAGAUUACUCUUUUAAUACAUACAUUGUAUAUAGCAUUAAGUAUUAGCGGAUAUAUUAUUAUAAAACUUUAUCAUAUUUGUGACCAAAUUCGCGAAAUUUAUGUAUAAGUGAAAAGUUACGUGAAAUAAUCAUCAAGUAUUAGUAAUGGAAUAUUAGUGUUAAUCUUCAUUAUAAUCAUUGUAUACUCCAUGCAUGACGAACCAGCUGUGGUCGAUAUUGUGUACUACAUAUAUAUCUAUAUACAUAUCUAUUUAUAUACAUCCACCUAUUUUCUCGCAUCCCCCUACUCAGUCCAGCCAGCACUCGAAUUUCUUAUAUUAAGCCUGUAAUUAUGUUUCUUUUUGCCUCGCAAUUUUACUAUAAAAUGAUGUAGAUCUCAAAAUCAAAGAUCUUAAGUAAGUCCCAUUAAUAUUGAAAUAUUUAUGUAACAGCUCUUGCGAAGAUAUAUAUAUAUAUUAUCUAUAGAGCGGUUGUUGUCCUCCCAAACCGAGUAAAAAAAUAUGAUUAAAUCAAACGCUUAACAAUUAUUUUCAAUAACUAUUGCGAUAAACUUAAUUUAACUUCAAAUCUUUAAAGUUAUAUCCAUUUAAUUUUCAUACACACAUAAUACACAUUAUCGACUCAAGGUUCAAUUAAAGUUGAAUUCGUAAAUGUAAAGUUUUAUAUUUGACUCGCAAAGUAUCAUACAAGAAAUGUUUUGAAUGAAAUCUUAAUAAAAUUUAUGAUAAUAAACAGGUAGUACUUACGAGCUUAACUCACUCUAUUUUAAAAUAAAGGAAUUGUUUAAAUGUACCGGUAUUAUAUACGUGAAGUUUAAUGUUUAACAUCCGGACCAUCGCUUGAAUUGGUUGAAUUUAUCCUAUGAAUCGGAAUGCACCGAUUUGAAGGCACGUGAGCCCAUUUUACUCUCAGAGGGACGAACCCCUAUAAGUACGUUAUUCGUAUUAAAAAAUAAAAACAAGUUGGCUUUAAUUUGUAACUAUAUGGGACGUCCUUUUUUAUUUUAGUUCGCCAGUUAAAAAAUCAGAUUGUCAGGUACUUUGCUAAUAGUAUAAUAUAAAUAAUGAAAUAAGUUCACUUUUAACAUUCAGGCUGGGAAUUGAUUUUUACUGAUGUAGCAAGCGUAAUAUAAACCAUGGUGUAUAAUAAACCAUAUAUAAUUUUGUG